AUGAAAAACUUUUCUCCGGCAGCAGCGAAGUUCCAAGUGUUCUUCAAUUUCCGUGGAGAGGAACUGCGCGACAACUUCGUCAGCCACCUUUGUGAUGCCUUUGAGAGGCAUGAGAUCAAGUUCUUCAUGGAUGAAGACGAGCAGCGAGGCAAAGAUCUCAAACAUCUCUUUGUAAGAAUCGAAGAGUCGAGUAUUGCACUGGCUAUCUUCUCUAACAGGUAUCCGGAGUCGAGGUGGUGCUUGGAUGAGUUGGUAAAAAUGAAGAAACUUGCCGAAAAAAGAAAGAUCCAAGUCAUUCCGAUCUUUUACAAGGUGGAGCCACAAGACGUGAGAGGACAGGAAGGUGAGUUUGGUGGCAACUUCUGGAAGCUCGCGAAAGCUUCUAGGGGAUAUCAGAUCAAGAAGUGGAAAGAUGCUCUCGAAUAUUUCUCCGACAAGAUGGGUUUGUCAUUGGGAGGCAAGAGCUCUGAAGCUGAUUUUGUCAAGAAAAUUGUUAAAGAGGUUCAGAGAGUUAUAAAAGCAACUGGAGUCGAGAAAGCAAAAACUCCUUUUGGGGGAAAAAGGAGAAUGGUCGGAAAUUGCAACUGCCCAGAUAUCAAGAGGGUUAAAACCAAAAAGUAG